CUGAGGCCACAGAAACGAAACGAGCGCGCCAAUGAUCGGACGGAUCCAUUAAAAAACCAAAAUAUAGAGCUACACUCUAUAGCGAAAGCAAUCCAACUGUGAUACCAAACGAACAUUAAAGAACACUCAGUCCCAAGAUGUCUUCUGCUAAUAAGGUGAACCACUUGAUCGGCGCUACCACGCGUUAUAUCGCCGGACGGAAUGCGGUGCAGACGGUCUACUGGCGUACCUCCGCCGGACCCAAUCCCCGGAUGUUGAAGACCAACAAGUUGCAGAACUUCGAUCGCAGCCAAAAAGCCCCCCAAAGUGUCCGGCUGCAGAACUACAACCGCAGCUACAUCCGGGAUUAAUGGAGAAUUUUAAUAGUUCUAGUUACGACCUUGACAUGUUCCUAAUGUCGCAAUAGACAUAAUUUUUUUUGGGCCCUUUGUAUUUAUUCAAUGGAGUAUUCUCUAAGCCAAUAAGAGUUAAUCGAAUCUAAAUCAAGCUGGCGCUACGUCUUUUCAUGUACCUUGGCAUUAUAUAAAAAAAACAAACAAAGAUUAAAUAAAUGCAUUCUAGCGGAUAGAUAAGAGAAUA